AUGAAGGCUUUACUCCUUCUGGUGCUGACUUCCAUCUGCUGGGCUGACCAUCUGUCGGACAAGUACACCCUGGGUCGGGACAGAGUGAUUCACAUACAAGCGGAGGACGGUCCCCGUCUCCUGGUGGAAGCGGAACAGGCCAAGGUAUUCUCACACCGUGGUGGCAAUGUCACGCUGCCGUGUAAAUUCUACCGAGACCCGACAGCCUUCGGCUCAGGACUGCACAAGAUCCGAAUUAAGUGGACCAAGCUAACUUCAGAUUACCUCAAGGAAGUGGAUGUCUUUGUGUCCAUGGGAUACCACAAGAAAACCUACGGGGGCUACCAAGGCAGGGUGUUCCUGAAGGGUGGCAGUGAGAACGACGCGUCCCUGGUCAUCACUGGCCUCACCUUGGAGGAUUACGGGAGAUACAAGUGCGAGGUGAUUGAAGGGUUGGAGGACGACACGGCCGUGGUGGCGUUAGACUUACAAGGUGUGGUAUUCCCCUACUUCCCACGCCUGGGCCGCUACCACCUCAAUUUCCACGAGGCGCAGCAGGCCUGCCUGGAGCAGGACGCCAUGAUUGCCUCCUUCGACCAGCUCUAUGACGCCUGGCGGGGCGGCCUGGACUGGUGCAACGCCGGCUGGCUCAGCGACGGCUCCGUGCAGUACCCCAUCACGAAGCCCAGAGAGCCCUGCGGGGGCCAGAACACCGUGCCCGGCGUCAGGAACUAUGGGUUUUGGGAUAAAGACAAAAGCAGAUAUGAUGUUUUCUGUUUUACAUCCAACUUUAAUGGCCGAUUUUACUACCUGAUCCACCCUACCAAGCUGACCUACGACGAAGCCGUGCAGGCUUGUCGCCAUGAUGGUGCUCAGAUCGCCAAAGUGGGCCAGCUCUUCGCUGCCUGGAAGCUGCUGGGGUACGACCGCUGCGACGCGGGCUGGCUGGCCGACGGCAGCGUGCGCUACCCCAUCUCCAGGCCCCGACGGCGCUGCAGCCCCACCGAGGCGGCCGUGCGCUUCGUGGGCUUCCCAGACAAAAAGCAUAAGCUGUAUGGUGUCUACUGCUUCCGAUCCUACAACUGA